GACGGGAUCUUGCUGGGGGCCGUGGGUGCCUACGACUGGAACGGAGCCGUCCUCAAGGAAACCAGCAGUGGGAAGGUCAUUCCUCUGCGAGAGUCCUAUCUCCAGGAGUUCCCAGAAGAGCUGAAAAACCACGGCGCUUACUUGGGUUACACCGUCUCCUCCGUGGUCUCGGCCACGGGCCAGCGGAUCUACGUGGCCGGAGCGCCCAGGUUCAACCACACCGGGAAGGUGAUCAUCUUCACCAUGCACAACAACCGGAACCUCACCAUCCACCAGGCGCUGAAGGGCGAGCAGAUCGGCUCCUACUACGGCAGUGAGAUCAGCGCGGUGGACGUGAACGGCGACGGCGUCACGGACGCGCUGCUGGUCGGGGCCCCCAUGUUCUUCAGCGAGGGCAGGGAACGGGGCAAGGUCUACGUCUACACCCUAAGAGAGAACCGCUUUGUUUUCAGCGGGGCCCUGGAUGACUUGCAGAGCUACCAGAACUCCCGCUUCGGCUCCUGCAUCGCCGCCGUCUCCGACCUCAACCAGGACUCCUACAACGACGUCGUCGUGGGGGCGCCUCUGGAAGACGACCACCAAGGAGCCAUCUACAUCUUCCACGGCUUCGGAGAGACAGUCCUAAGGAAAUACAAGCAGAGGAUAGCAGCUGUGGAGCUCGGACCGGGCCUGAUGUAUUUUGGAUGCAGUAUCCAUGGACAGCUGGAUCUGAACGACGAUGGGCUCAUAGACCUAGCGGUUGGCUCUCUGGGGAACGCCGUGCUGCUCUGGUCCCGCAGCGUCGUCCAGAUCAACGCCAGCAUCCGCUUCGAGCCGCCCAAAAUCAACAUCUUCACCAAGGACUGCAAGCGGAACGGGAAGGAGGCCACCUGCAUGUCAGCCUUCGUCUGCUUCACCGCCGUCUUCCUCUCCGCCCACUUCCAGACGGCCAGUGUGGCGCUGAGGUUCAACGCUACCAUCGACGAGCGCAGGUACACGCCGCGGGCCCACCUGGACGAGAGCGCCGAGCGGCACGCGCACAAGGCGCUCACGCUGCCCGCAGGCCGCGAGCGCUGCGACCGGCUCAGCUUCCACGUGCUGGACACGGCUGACUACGUGAAGCCGGUGGCUUUUUCCAUAGACUAUGACCUGGUGAGCCCCGAAGACGGUCCCAUGCUGGAUGACGGGUGGCCGACCUCGCUCAAGGUCUCGGUGCCUUUCUGGAACGGGUGCAACGAAGACGAGCACUGCGUCCCCGACCUGGUCCUGGAUGCCAGGAGCGACGUGCCAAGCGCCAUGGACUAUUGCAGACGAGCGCUGCGGAGGCCGCCGGCCGAGUGCUCGGCUUACACGCUGUCCUUCGACACCUCCGUCUUCAUCAUCGAGAGCACCAGGAGGAGGGUGGCCGUGGAGGCGACGCUGGAGAACAGGGGCGAAAACGCCUACAGCACCGUGCUCAACAUCUCCUUCUCCAGGAACCUCCAGUUCGCCAGCUUGAUCCAGAGGGACGACAGCGACGUCAACAUCGAGUGCAUGACCGAUGAGAAGCUCCCCAACACGAAGGUGUGCAACGUGAGCUACCCCUUCUUCCGAGCCAAGGCCAAGGUGGCGUUUCGCCUGGAUUUUGAGUUCAGCAAGUCGGUUUUCCUUCAGAGCAUGGAGAUCUCCCUGUCUGCCACCAGUGACAGCGAGGAGGACGAGAGCACCACGGAGGACAACGUCGCCCUCCUCAAGUACAACCUCAAGUACGAAGCCGACCUGCUCUUCACCAGGACAUCAAGCCUGGGCUACUACGAGAUCAAGGCCAACAGCUCCCUGGAGCGCUACGGCCCCGGCCCGCCCUUCCACUGCACCUUCAAGCUGCAGAACUUGGGCUUCUUCCCCGUGGACGGCGUCACCGUCAAGUUCACGGUGCCCGUGGCCACGCGGGCCGGGAACCGCCUGCUGCUGCUCACGGACUUCGCGGCCGAGCAGGAAAACGCGACCUGCAACGUGUGGGGAAACAGCACGGACUAUCGGAGGGCACCGGCCGAGGAGGACCUGACCCGGACCCCCCACCUGAACCACAGCAACGCCGACGUCGUAGCCAUCGACUGCAGCGUGAGGCUGGCGCCCAACGAGGAGCUGCUCUUCCCGCUAUCCCCAAACUGCUCAGAAACAGAGCGAUUCCCUGUUUCCUGCACUUUGGGAGCCACCCCCAUAACCUUUGAAAUCUCCAAGCCGGAGGAGUCGCAGAUCCCCAUCUGGAUCAUCCUGGGCAGCACGUUAGGAGGCCUCCUGCUCCUGGCGCUCCUGGUGCUGGCGCUCUGGAAGCUGGGGUUUUUCAAAAGCGGCAGCCGCAAGCGGGACGCGGAGCAGGAGGCGAGCGCCAAGGUGUUGGAGUGA